CCGCACAGCGCGACUGUUCCCGGAGCCGUCCCGCACCGCACCCCCGCGAGUCCUCACCACUCCGCGCGCAGCAUGGCGUCCCCCCAGGCCCUCUCGGUCGGGUUUCUGCUCGCGGUGGUCACGGUGACGCUGGCCGCGGCUCAGAAAGACUGUGUGUGUGACAACUACAAGCUGGCAACAAGUUGCUCUCAGAAUGAAAAUGGUGAAUGCCAGUGUACUUCCUAUGGUACACAAAAUACUGUCAUUUGCUCCAAACUGGCAUCCAAAUGUUUGGUGAUGAAGGCGGAAAUGACUCACAGCAAGUCUGGAAGGAGGAUGAAGCCGGAUGGGGCCAUCCAGAACAACGACGGUCUGUAUGAUCCCGAGUGCGACGAGCACGGGCUCUUCAAAGCCAAGCAAUGCAAUGGCACCGCCACAUGCUGGUGCGUGAACACUGCUGGAGUCAGAAGAACCGACAAGGACUCAGAGAUAACGUGCUCUGAGAGAGUGAGGACCUACUGGAUCAUCAUUGAACUAAAACACAAAGAAAGAGAAAACCCUUACGACCUUCAGAGUUUGCAGACUGCACUUCAGGAGGCGUUCACAUCUCGAUAUAAACUGAGUCAGAGAUUUAUCAAAAACAUUAUGUAUGAGAAUAACGUUAUCACUAUUGAUCUGAUGCAAAACUCUUCUCAGAAAACUCAAGAUGAUGUGGACAUAGCUGAUGUGGCUUACUAUUUUGAAAAAGAUGUGAAGGGGGAAUCCUUGUUCCAUCCUUCUAAGAACAUGGACCUAAGAGUGAAUGGAGAGCCACUUGAUCUGGACCCCGGGCAGACUCUGAUUUACUACGUUGAUGAAAAGGCACCUGAGUUUUCCAUGCAGGGCCUCACAGCUGGGAUCAUCGCUGUCAUUGUGGUGGUGACAUUAGCAAUCAUCGCAGGGAUUGUUGUCCUGGUGAGUACAGGAUGAGUCAGUGCUCAGUAAAACAUG